CAUCCCGACAAUGAUUGUUAUGUAGGUCGAUCCUGUUGUAUCAAUCUUCCCAGUGUUCUUAUCAGUGGCAGCAACUUAUCAACCACCAUACCAUACGUUGAAAGCGACUCUAUCACAGCACAUUUCCCCCGGUCAUUGCCGUAUUGGUAGUGAACGAAGACACUGGACUACAAAAUGUGGACCUGGCAGCGCCCUGAUACUAUUCCGUACCCCUCAGUGUGGCAUCGAUUUAGUGCUCGUGCACCGGAUUCGAACGAUCAACUAGUUAGCUACGUGGUUCAGGAUGUGCCCGAGGACCGAUUUGAGGAAUGCAUUGACCACAUGUGUUCUUACUUUAUACGGGAUGAGCCUAUUUGCCGCGCCAUUCGGUUAACAAGCGAUCCUGUUGGAAUACGUGAGUUCAGCAAUUUGUGGCGCCAAGUCCUCUUGCAACACUGUGCCGUCGUUUGCCUUCGCGAAGAUACUGGUGAGCUCGUUGGUGCCAAUAUUCUGACCGUUGUCUCCCGGACUGAUGGCAAGUCAGCGCUACCUAUCCAUAGUGCAGGAGUGAGAAAGAUGAUCGACUGCACGCUAUACUUGACGGAGCAGGCCAAACUAUUUGAACGCUAUCCGAUUGAGUGUUUCUUGUCCGCCUGGGGCCUUUCGGUACAUCCACGUUACCGAGGACUUGGGCUGGCGAAGGAGAUUCUUUACGCACGCAUACCGCUCUGCAAAACUCUCGGUCUGAAGCUGUCCGCAACCGUCUUCUCGCAUCCAGGGUCACAGAUCCCAGCCAGUAAAGUAGGUUUCCGUGAUGCGGCCGUGGAAAAAUACGAAGAUCUGGAGAAGAAAGGUUUUGCGUUUCCUGACAUAAGCGUAGAGUACAAUAAACUGAUGGUACUGCUGAUCGAGUGAUUACCAAGGAAGUUAUGCAAGAAGCAACACCAUGAAAUAAACGAGCUCCAUGUUGUAGCAUUA